UAGCACUCCUGUCAGACUUUAGUUCUCCCUCAGUGGAGCACGUCAGUCUGUAUCUUAGCUCCUCUAACAGGGUGGUUUAGAUCGUUCUUUCUCAAAUCACAGGUUUGAGAAACUGCGGGUUUCUGAAGCGUACUAUUUCUGAAACCUUUCUCUCUUAUUUAGUUUGAGGUGUGUGCGCACACACGCGUGUGCACACGCACGUGUGCGGGUGCCGAUUUUAAAUAAUUGUCUUUAACUCGGUGCUAGGCGGUUUGACUUUGGUGUGAAAGAUGUUCGACCUCAGAACGAAGGUUAUGAUCGGCAUUGCCAGCAGUUUGCUGGUUGCUGCAAUUAUACUGAUAAUCGUUGUCCUUUGCCUUUACUUGAAAAUAGCCAAGGCACUGAAAAUGGCAAAGCAGGCAGAUGUUGAAAGCUGUAUUGAUCCGUGCAAGUUCACCCAAGACAAGAUCAUCGGAGUCAAACCCAUUCUUGCUGAGUCUUGUCGAGCACUCCAGUACUGUGAUGACUGUAGCAUCUAUACAGAUAUUGGCAGCCUGCCACCUUGCUUUUGUGGCACAAAUGAUGGACUUUGAAAUGGCAGAAGUGAACACAAAAACUCUAUUUUUUUGUUAGUUGAAUAUUUUAUUUUUAAAUCAACUUUAUGUUUAUAUUCUUAUUUACUCUCUGAUAUGU